AUGGAGAAACUCAGUCCCGAACUCGUCCGCGAGAUCAUCUGCCACUUUGACUCCAAAGCCGACCUCGCCAACUUCCGCCUCGUCCAGCGCUCCCUCGCCCAGCUCUCUACCGAGUUCCUCUUCCGCACUGUACCCCUAAAACCCACCAAGCUCAGCGUCUCCCGCCUCGUCGCGAUCGCCCAGAGGCCCGACCUCGCCCGCCAUGUCAAGAACCUGAUCUACGGUAUCGAGGAGCCAAACUACAUGAUCUGGGAAGAGUUCAACGCGCAGCUCCGCCUUGCGAACACCUCGCACUCCGAAUCAGCGGACUCCCGCGCCCACGAGAUCUUCAACGCAGCCAUCAACGGCUGGUACGACUUCCAGACGUCGCCCGACCACACACAGAUGCUUGCCACCGCCUUCGCCGGCCUGCCCCGCCUGUCGGCAAUCCAGAUGGUCCACGGUGCGCCCAUGGCCCGCGAGCGCCAAUACACGUACCGCGAAAUCGACUACUACGAAUUCGAGAUGCGCGACAAGUUCCACGGCGAGCACGGCCUCGAGAGGGACUAUCUCCGCGGCUUCACCGCCCUGAUUGACGCAGCGUAUAAAGGCGGCACGCGCCUCACGUCGUUCAAGAUGACGGGAAUGAACACGGAGGAGAUUGUGCACGAGGCGGUGUUUGCGGAUGCGGAGCUGCUGGCGCGCGCGGCGGUGGUGCUGAAGGGGUGCCGCGUGAUGGAGCUGCAUCUGGGCAUCGACUCGCAGGAGGCGGUCGAGAACGCCAAGAGCACCCCGCUGCUUAAUGUGUUGGCGCCGGCGGAGCAGCUCGAGGAGCUGUGCUUGGGCUUUGGGAACACGGUGCCUGCGGACGCGUUCCUGUUUCCGCAUAUCUUUGGCGAGGAGCAGGUGUGGCCGGCGCUGCGCAAGGUGGAGCUGUGGACCGUCGAGAUGCAUGAGCAUGAGCUGAUCUCGUUCUUGGAGCGCCACAAGGAGACGCUGAGGACCGUGCUGAUUAGUAGUGGGCUGUUGUUCACCGGGUGCUGGAAUAAUGUGAUGAGGUUUAUGAAAGAGCAUUUGAAGCUGGAGUCGCUCGAGGUGUGGGAUCUGUUUUAUAAGCAUGGCGAGAGCGGAGAUUAUAGGAGCUAUAGCCAUGCGGAGGCGCAGAUGAUGGUCAAGUAUGUCAGGGGCGGGGGAAAAUGUCUGCCGGACCAGCCGGCGGCAGAGGAAGAGGAGGAGGAGGCGGCGAGUGUAUGA